GGCUUGAGGAGUUCUCUCUUCCGCUCGCUAGAUUUGUUUACGGCCAAAAAUAUGAGACUUUGAACAAGAAUUUGUGACUGAUAUAGUUGCUCCUGCCAUAAUUUUUUAAAACUCCCAAUAUGAAAUCUUCCCGGGAAAGUGUUAACGUUACAAAUGAGCUAUUCAGGAGGUCAAGGCAAUCAAGUAACAAAAUAUCAACAUGCAUCAGAAAGUUCGCGGAGCAGAAGACAGCAGAAUCACCCUGUGUAAACAAGCCUGUUCCAUUAGCUGGAAAUGUAAAAGCAACAUUUAUCGUAGCAUUCAGUUCGGACGACACGUUGAUGGCCUCCACUCAUGGUGAUCAUCACGUACGUGUCACAGAUGUACGCACUCAAGAAUGCAUAAGGACUCUUGUUGGACACCCUAGAACACCAUGGUGCGUUACCUUCCAUCCAUCGUCCAAUGAGAUCCUGGCAUCUGGCUGCUUGGGCGGUGAAGUACGAGUGUGGGAUUUACAUGGUGGUAGUGAAGUAUGGGUGUCUGAACAUCAUUCUACCAUAUCGUCCCUGGCAUUUCAUCCUUUGGAUCAAGUACUUGCAAUUGCCACUAGUAACCAGAUUUUCCUUUGGAACUGGAGCCAGCCGAAGGCCUUCGCUUCCGUCAAGACAGCAUGCCUAGCUGAGCGAGUCAGGUUGAUACGGUUUAGUGCUCGCGGCGAUUUUCUUUUGACCGGCAUCUCCAACCUACCUAAGGAUGACACUGAUUUGAAUGUUGCACGCAAAUUAAUGUUUAAUAGUGGCAGCAAUCCUGAUAUCGCAUUCCAAAGACGCGUGAGAAGAGUCUUCCAAUUCAGACAAGAUGACUCUGAAGACCUUGAAAGCAAUCACUAUCCUCACUCUUCAAGGCAUAGCACUGAAGUACCAUACACACAAACAGCUGAAUACCGUGUCAGACGAGCGAGUGCGCGUAGGGAUAGGUUGCACAUGGCAGAGGCCGCAUUAACACGUGCGUCAAACCAAUCCAGAGAGAUCCACAGCCUGUUGUCCUCUAGACUGGAUGGGAAUGCCAUGACAUCUAAUGAUCUACACACUGAUCUUCAUGCGCUUCAUCAAGAUAGCAGAUCUCUCUUAGCGCAGGCCAGGGAUUAUGCUGCAUCAGUAACCUUGGAAACAGUAGCCAACCGGGCAACUGAUGCAUUGGUCUCCGGGGAAGUUCCCAGACCAGAAGAUGCAGUGUCACAUAGGGAAGUUUUUGACUCUGUGCUUUCAAAUAUGCACAAUCAUUCAGAACCAGAACUUCCUGAUAAUGCUUCUGAGCUCCAGAACCUCAACGCCUUGACCCAAAGGAGGACCAAUUCUGUGCUGCGGACAGCUAUAGAGCAAAGAAAUUUCAGGGAACGCAGGAAUACCAGGCUCCCUACAUCCUCAAAUUCUGCAGUGACCCAGUCUGAAAGUAACGAUAGUCAAAGCAGUAUACCAACUGCUUUGGAGUUGCGGACAAUUUUUCAUCCAGAGCUUAGUUUUCCCUCAACGACAGAAGUAACCAGUAGAGUUAAUUCUAAUACUUCUAAUUUAAGUUCUCCCAUGUCUGAUGAAGCAUCAGGGUCACGUUCUGUACCACAUAGUGGAACUCGUGGUGAGGCCAGUACAUCAAGUUCUUCAGUUGAAUGUCCCCACUCAAGUACAAGUACUCCAGCCGAAGCUUCACAUUCAAGCCGCACAUUUUCACAAGAACAAGGUUGUAGUUAUUGGCCCAGUACGUCAAAAGAACAAAACCAAAUGCAGAGAACACAGUCCUCUUGUCAGUCCUCAUCCUCAUCGUCUAGUCGAUACAAGUGUCCGCACCAUGAGCAUCGCAAAGCUAUGAUGAGGAAAAAUGUCAUGGAGAGGAGGGAGCGUUUAAGGGAACGUAACUUGGAAGAAACCAGGAGAAUAGAACAAGAUGGCCAGAGGCCUAAUGAUGCCGCAGUGGGUCUCUCCACCAUACGAAGAAUUGCAAGAAGAGUCCAAAGUCCAGGUCCCUUGACAAGAUGCUGGUCAUCAAGGCGGAAAAGCUUACAGUAUCGUGGGAGGUUGACAUUGCCAGCAGAUGAUACUCAUCGUGAUGUGCGAAGGUCAAGGGUUGGAGUUCAUAGGUUAUCAAGAGCAAUGGAAAGAGUUCGACCGCCUCAGCAACCUCUACAUCGGCACUAUGACGUCAGUAUCUUCGACGAAGAAGUAGGAAGACCUUCCAGAAAUGUGCAUGCUGUAGUGAACAGGGCCAUUGCUGAUGCCUUCAAUAUUCGAGGAGAAACUGCAGUAGCCAAUAACAUUAAGAAUACUACACAUCGUCUUCAGUGGUGGGAUUUCACAAGACAAGAGUUGCCAGAUAUCAGUAAUGAAAAUGCAAGUGUUAUUGUUCCACACUGCAAGAUUCAUAACGAUAAUAGUUGCGAUUUAUCACAAGACAGUCAACUUUUAGCAACGUUUGUUCCAAGUCCCUAUGGUUUCCCUGACAAUGGUGUCUUAGCAGUAUACUCACUGAAGCAACACAAUUUUGGCCAUGUUUUAUAUACAAAGAGUUUUGGUCCAAAUGCAAUUUGCACCAGUAUUUCACCAAUGGGUGGCUAUGUAACUGUUGGCUUGGCUGCUAGACGGCUUCAUUGCUGGCAUCAGUCAUCAAGGAGGAUGAUGGCACAGGUGUUUAGGAUGGAGGAGCCAUACGCAGGUGAAAAUUCUCUGGUACAGGUGAACUCAGUCUUGCAUGAUGGUGAUGUCGACCAACGCCACCAAGUCAGUGUGAAUGUUGUAAAGUGGAUUCCAAGCCCUGGAGCUGGCAUGGUCUACGGCACAAAUAAAGGCGACCUUAGAAUUUGCGUUGCCAGCGCUCCAACAGUGGAUGAUGAUUUGAAUCAGUUAUUUUGGAGACAGAGUGCAAACGGGAAUGGAGAUAUGUACAGUCGCUAUAGCAUAGACCCCGCGCAGCGUGCCCGUCUCUACAACGACAUCAGCCUGAUGGCGUUAGGUAUCCAAUUCCCGGAUGAUCAGGAUAAUAACAGAACAGAGACUCGGCUGUUACAAGUAGCACGCUCUACUCAGACAGGUGAGGAAUAUGAAGUGAAUGACAGACAGAGCACUUCAACGCAAACAGAGCAACCACUGAGAGAAGCCCUAAGUCAGCCAAGCCAGCUUCAUGGUAGUGCUAGCAGGGAAGUUGAUGAAGUAGGGGUGCCCUCAAUUGAAUAUCCAAACCUAGCUAGGCCUAGGGUAGAACAUGAAUCAGUGGAACAACCAGAUGCUAGGGUAGGUGGAUCCGACGACAGGGGUGAUGUGUCAGAGAGGCAAAAUCAACAACAAAAUGAUGAGAGCAGGGACCACGAGACAGGAGAAAGUGUUUAGUUUACAUUAUUAGGAAAUUAACAUUUCUGUUGAUGAAACCCUAGAGAAUUACUGUGUUAUCUUACAUUGGUAUGUGUUAUUUAUUUUAUUUUAUUAUUUACAGCAAAAAUAAACAAGUACAAAACAUGUUUGUAAACUAAUACUGUAUGCUAUACUUUCAUGAUAGGGCAUUUUUAUUUGCAGUGUGUGCAUAAACAUAAGCUGUUACACAUAUAUAUUAAGUUUCUAUAUUUUUGUUUAUGUAAUUCAAAUUUUUUCUUUUGGAAUGAUAGUUUCCUUCAUGGAAAAAUAAUGAAUGUUGAUUUUUUUUUAUAAUAAUGAUCAUUUUCAUUAUUAUGUAAUUACGAUUGAAUCCAAAAUAUACCUGCCUCAAAAAAAUUCCAGUGCAAUGUAGGCUACCUUAUGUGUUCUUGUCAUGAAAAAAAUUAAAGAAAUGUGUAUUGUAACCCAGAUGCCUAUAGGAUAACAGUUUUGAUAUAGAUUGGGUAAACCAUUUGAAUAUGAACAUGUUUGUGGAUGAUAUGAUAUAACUAUCUCAAUCAAGGGGUGAUGGAUACACUAUAGUCAUUCAGUGGCAGAUUUACAGGGGGUGUGAUUGCCAUACCCCGCCUCCCCCUUCCUAUUAUUGUAUUUUUAAAAUCUUGUAAAGCAAAAAAAAAAAAAAUUUCCAUGCUAAAUAGUAAAAAUCUAUAAACCUGCUAGAGUUUCAAUAAGGAUUUUCCUUCCUUGCAACUCCUGUCUCUUCCCCCCACGGCCAAAGAAUCUUAUUUAUUCUCUCUUCCGCACCUAAAUUCUAAUGUGUUUAUUAAUCUUCUUGCAUUUCUUAAGCCCUUUGCAGACAGGUGUAUCCAGCAAUCAGGCCUGUGCGGUAACAGCUAAUGUGUGAACAGAUCUUAAGAAUGAAGUUAAUCUAAUGAAUGGACAGAUAUGUUAGUUCCCGGGGUUAGUCUAUUGUGUAUAAAAAAUAAUGACAAUAAUUUCAGACAUGGGCCUAAAGCAUGAUUUAUUUAGUAAAAACAAAUAUUGGGUUAUUGUGAAUAGACCGUAGGGUUGAAUUGAUUAGUUCAUGUUGUCUCUCGCUAUACAACAAUGAAUUUAUUGGUCCAGUUUUAAGGAUCCUUGUAUCUCUGUUAUUUUUGUCAAUACCGUAGUUAAUUGAAAAUGUUAGUUUUAGGUACUUCUUAUUAAGUACAGUAUCCCUUUGUAUAAAUUCAUCAAUAUGUUGUAUACUAUAAAUAUUGAGUUUAUUUUUAAAAAAAUAUUUCAUUUACUGUAAGUGUGAAGUUUAAAUUUGGGUUUUAGGGAUGUUGUUAUUACCUCAAAUUGUUUGAUUCUGUCAUCUUUUUUUUUUUAUACCAAAUGUACCUGACGGUACAAACAUAAAACACUAGUGGUGCUAACAACUUCCAGGAUGAUAUUGACUGCAGUGCAUUUUCAGUAAUUGCUUAAAAAUUUGGGGGAAAAAAAGUUAAUUUGGGUUCAGGAAAAAAGUCUUUCUGACCUAAUUAUUUUGACCAGAUUAAAACAUGGGAGUUAUACAUUCAUACCUGGGGGGAUAGAGUGGGGUGAAUUAUUAAGGUGUAUGAGGGCACUGUCUGUGAUGCAUUCAUUGUUUCAUGGUGAUCAAAUCAAUAUUUCUUUACAAAUUAAAUUAUAUUUCUCAACUUAAUUUAGAUUUGUGUUGACAAGCUUCUUAAUAAACAUUAUAAUGUCAAAA